AUGGCGAGAUCGGCUUCAGACUUUACAUCAAACCGAGGUUGGCUUUGGCGAUUCAAAAAAUCUUAUGAUCUACGUCUCAUUAAUAUGCAUGGUGAAAGUGCUGAUGCCGAUAAAUGUGCCGCAGAAAGGUUUAUUCAGCAAUUUCCACAAAUAUUGGAAACUAAUGAAAUUAGUGAUGAUAAUUUAUAUAACAUGGAUGAAACGAGCUUAUUUUGGAAGAUGCUACCAAACAAAACAUUAGCAAGUGCAAAUGAAAACCGAAUAACAGGAAAAAAAAUUAAAAAAGAUAGAAUUACGUUAGCUUUAUGUGCAAAUGCAAGUGGAAACCAUAAAUCGCCAGUGCUAUUUAUUAAUAGAUAUGAGAACCCAAGAGUGUUAAAGAACUGUAAGAACAAUUUACCUGUAAUAUAUAUGCAUCACAAGAAUUCCUGGAUGAACAGGGUACUUUUCCAAUCAUGGUAUGAGAAUGAAUUUAAGCCACGCGUAAGAAAACGUCAGUUACAAGAAAACAGUAUCGGAAAGGUUCUAUUAAUACUGGACAAUUUCAGUGGGCAUAAAUUAUCAGAUGAAGAAAUGGACGAUGGGUAUUUUCAAAUAAUGUUUCUUCCGCCCAAUACCUCUUCUCUGAUCCAACCGAUGGAUCAGGGCGUAAUAGCAAAAUUUAAAAAACAUUUUCGUCACAAGUUAUUACGUCAAGUAUUGCAAUAUACUGGUGGAGUGUCAGAUUUCUACGCAGAUUAUGACAUAAAAGAUUGCAUAGAUAUAGUAUCUGAAUGUUGGAACAAUAUCACAGCAACAAAUAUUUUUAAUGCCUGGAAUAAAAUUUGUAACCGUGAAACAAGAUUUACCAAUUUUCACACUUCGUCGUCAGCAACUACUUCAUGCGAUGCCGCAUAUGAAACAAUUUCUGGCGAAGAAGUAACAGAAUGGAUCAAUCACUGCGGAGAAACGGAAACAAUAAGAGAAAAUGUUGUAGAAGAGGAAGAAGAAUUUUCGCCUGUGCCAAUAGAACAAGAAGAAAUUGAUAAAUUACUCCACUAUUUGGAAAUGAUUACAAUUAGAGUACCUGAAAUUGCAAAUCAAACCGGUGACAAACACUCGGUACGCGCGAAAUGCACUCCGAGGUUCUGUUUCCAAGAACUGGUGGGGAUAGCGACGGACUCUUAUGUAGACAAAAAUGCGGACGCCUAA